AAAAAGUUAUUGCUGCAUUAAAAGUGUAGUGACUGAUAGAACUUUCAGAAUGUUACAAUUCAGUUUUGCUAUUAGAAUCUCAGAAAGAGAUUUUUUCAGUCAUGAAAUUACGGUUGACAUUAUUAAAUGGAAUAGCUCUUGGUCACGUGACGUAACCAUUGUUUAACGAGGCAAAUGGCGCAUCUAGAAGGAAGUCUAGUCAGUUUUGGUCUUUUAAUAUCAUGAAUGAAAUAUUCACAAAUUGAAUUUUUAUAGUUUGCUGGACGAAAUAUGUGUACCAUUUUAUUUGAGGAUAUGUGUUUUGGUGAGUACGUAGUUUAUUUGAGCUCGGAAGCUUCUUAAAACCUUGAAUAAUUGUCGGCAUCACACGUGCGUUUGUGUACAUCUCGAAGAGCUUGACUUGAACACUGAUCAUUAAAAGGAUUUAACGCUUUUGAAAUCAAAAUAUGCUAUUGGGAAUGCAUCUAAUGACAUUUGUGACUUCUGAUUUUGUAUUUUGAGACGAUUAUUACUUCAGUUUAAGAAGAUUUGGACAACAACAUUUUGGCGCAUCAUGCAAGCAGAGCUGUCAAAAGUUCUAAGACAACAGAAAUGUUAGUCAUCACUGGUUAUUUUUGCUGUAUUCCAUUUGUGUGCUUGUAAUUAUUUCCAUAGAAGAUCUUUACUAAUGACAUAUUGGACGUUCGACAAUGAAACUGGCUGGCUUUAAAGCACCGAAUAGGUGUUACUUUUAAAAAAGAUGACAACAGUUCCUGUUACUAGAAAUCAUUCGUUAGAUGAGGAGGAGCUCAGGAAUCAUGGUACAUCAAAAUUGUUAGACUUGAGUGAGCACAAAUUUGGUGAAGUCAGUCAUGCUGAUUGGUUAGAUACAGCAACAAGUGAUAAAUCUGCUGCUGCAUCACCAAUUCUUCGUAGGCAUAAUUCAGUUCCUGCCGAAAUGCCCAGUGUAUCUCAUGUGAAUUCCAUGAUGUCUCCCCAAAGUACUCAGGGGGGACCUCUCAUGUCACCUAAUCAAUAUGGUUCUAAUGAUCCAGUGCAUGAUCUACCUCCAGAAUUGCUUCAAGCUGGAUGGAGGAAAUUUUGGAGUAAAAGAGAAAACAGACCAUACUUUUUCAAUAAAAUCACUAAUGAAUCUCUUUGGGAAAUGCCUAGGCUAGGACAUUAUGAUCCCUCCACUGAUCCAUUAGGUAUUCAGAUGUCUCCCCCUGGUGGUGGAGAGCCUCAUACACCAGUGACCCCACUUGCACAUCCUCCAUUUCCUAGGCUAGGAGAGAAAAGACGAGCAUCUGAAGAUGGUUUGGCACCAGCUGCUAAGAAAUUUAUUCUCUGUGGCUACUGGGAUUUAGAAAUCCCAACCAAUGUAGUUAUAUGGGAAAGAUCUCCUUCAUUACUUCCGCCUCCUCAUCCAGAAAUUGAGCAGUACAGAUCAAACCUGGUGAUAAAAUUGCGACAACAAUACCAAGAAAUGUGUCACUCACGAGAAGGAAUUGAUGCUCCUAAAGAAUCAUUAAAUCGAUGGUUUAUGGAGAGGAAAAUUAUUGAUAGAGGAAAUGAUCCUCUCCUACCAUCUAACUGCUAUCCUGAAAUUUCUCAGUCUAUGUUUCGGGAAAUCAUGAAUGACAUACCGAUCAAGCUUGUGAGGCCAAAAUUUUCUGGUGAUGCUCGCAAACAACUUUCAAAGUAUGCAGAAGCAGCUAAAAAGAUGGUAGAAUCCAGGAACAUUUCUCCUGAAAGUCGAAAAAUUGUCAAAUGGAAUGCAGAAGAUGCUUUCCAAUGGAUUAGGAAGACGCUCAAUGCUACGUUUGAUGAUUAUCUGGAGAGAUUGGGUCAUUUAAAACAGCAAUGCCAACCUCAUCUUGUUGAAGCUGCUAAAGAUUCUGUUGAAGCAAUAUGUGCAAAGAUCUAUAACUUAUCUUGUGAUUAUACAAAGAAGAUCAGAGAUAAACAUUGGACGCUCUUACGACAGCAUGGGAUUGAAGAAAUAACCAGUCCUUUGCAAGUAAGUGUUCAUAAAAAGGUCUAUUGCUAUCCAGUGCAAUUUGCAAUCUCUUCCCCACAUCUUCCUCCUGUACAGCUUUUGAGUGAAAAGGAACAUACAAUAUUGCGUUACAAGGGGGAUGCUGUUCGGAUAAACACCAUCUCUUUUCAAAAAUUGGAACAUCUGUAUCGUUUAAACUGCUCAGAUGACAGGAAAUUUGAGAAUUUCUUAGCUCGUGUUUGGUGCAUGCUAAAGCGAUACCACGCUUUUGCUGGCAUUAGUCACAAUGAAGGUCAUGGUAUUCAAGGUUCAUUACCAGUAGCAGUAUUUGAUUGUCUGUACAAACAUUUUGGAGUUACUUUUGAAUGUUUUGCAUCACCAUUAAAUUGCUAUUUCCGACAGUAUGCUUCUGCAUUCCCUGAUACUGACAGUUUCUUUGGAUCUCGUGGGCCUAUUUUAAACUUUUAUCCUGUAAGUGGCUCCUUCGAAGCUAACCCACCCUACUGUGAAGAAUUGUUAGAUGCAUCUAUUAUACACUUUGAGAAACUUUUGUCAGCUUCACAAGAGCCUUUGUCAUUCAUCGUUUUUAUAUCUGAAUGUCGAGACCCUGUGCCAUCAUUUCUCACCAAAAUAGAUUCAAGCAGGUUCAAGAGAAAGCAGCUUUUGAUACCUGCUUAUGAUCAUGAGUAUCGUCAUGGAUUUCAGCAUGUUAUUCCAAAAAGUGAAAUUUAUCAACGGUCCAUCCAUGGAACUCAAGUCUUCUUUCUUCAAAAUGAUUCUGGUUAUGCACGUUGGGGACCAACACCAGAAAGAAUUGAAGCGUUGCUGGAAGCUUUCAAACUGGGAAAAGAUAAAGAACGAGAGCAACAUUUAGCUCCAGUAGCUCCCACCUUACAGCAGGGACCAUCAGCUACACCCAGUACACAAAUUUCUGAUCAGAAGCAGUCGAACACACUUCCCAAAUUAGGGGGCCCUCAGUUAGGCCGAAACAAUUCGGAUAGUGGAAGCAGUAUCAAUCAUUCUACAUUGUAAAGUUUUCUUUUGCUUUUAAAAAUACUGUUGGAUGAGAACCGUUUCUUCUCUGUUUAUUUUUCUUGGAAUUUUACCGUCUUUUUAGAUCCUGUAACAUGCAAGUUUUGCAUAUUUUUCCCGUAAAACAUGUUUUUAGCUGUCUGCUUGAAGAAGGAAAUUUUAUGGCAAAAUAUAUUUUAGUGAACCCUUUUGAAAUUCACUAAAUCUUUAAAUUAUCCUUCUAAUUUGCAUUGAAAAUAUUUUCUGCUAAAAGUACAACUGCUAGUUGAUAUUCACUUUACUUCAUUUUUAUGUAUCUGUAAAAAUUCUUGCAAUGAAGGCAUGUUUUAAUUGCUACAGAAAUAAAAGAGAGUUCCAUUGAUUGGAAGUAAUGUGUGUUCUCACUUAAUAUUUUAACAAGUGUUAUUUGUUAUUGCAUAUGGAACAUUUUCAAUCCUUUAUUGUCAUCCACUGUGACGCACACUAAAUCCAAGUCCAUUGUUGGUAUUGUUUUAAUUUUACAAAGUGUUAGGAAGAAAAAUUGUCCACAAAUAGUCAGCAUUUGAUAAGACAUUAACUUGAAUAUAAAUUUAAUUGUUAAUGCUAUUACUAUAUGCAAGUUAAUUGUAUUAUUGUAGCAUGAAAAUGUAAACUUGUAAUAUAGUAUAAUCUUUAAUUUGUAUUUUAGAAUUUUAUUAUUUAUUGUUUAUUUUAAAUAGAUAUGUUUUAACAACUGAAUAAAUUAAUGCAUUUUUUUUCUCUGUGGAAUUUUAAAAAAAUAAAUUGCCAAAAAGAAUUUCAUUAAGUGAAGAUUGUUUAUGAAAUUUAUAAAAAUAAGUUUUUAUGUGCAGAAAAAAUAUAUAGUUCCUUCCAUAUGAAUUUUCAUUUUUUUUUUUAUCUCAUUAAGUUUUUGUGCCAUUUUGUUAAUUUUUAUACUUUGGAGGAAUUUAAUAUUCUUUUACCAAAGGUCAUAGUUUUACAUUGAUAUGAAAUUUUGUAAAGUUUUUUUUUAUUGUUUUGUUAUGUAAAUAUUAAAUUUAUCAAAAUUUUAAUUGUGAACUAAAUUAGUUUUAAUUUGUAGUAUAGUAAGUGCUGUAAUGUUGUCUUUUAAAGCAUUUUAUAUUCACUGUACUAUAGUUUGAUCCCAUUACAUUACAAUGAUGCUCGCAUUGUAAAAAGUUUGUCAUUUUUAAAAUUCUCAUAUCUUAAUAAGCAUUUGCA